UACUGGCGCAUGGGCCGAAAUAGGGAAAACAAAUGAAAUAAGAUUAUGGUUUGGUAGUGUAAGUGAGAAAAAAAACGCAUUCCUAGUUGGAAAUAUAUUUUUUACAAUGGUGUCCAGGAAUGAUUUAGAUGCUAUACAGGCAAAGUUGAAAAUUUCUAUUCAGAACCAUCAGACUCUAGUCACGUCCAUGAAAAAUGAACCACAGAGUGCAGAACUGAAGAAAAAGCUCCAUGAAUUACAGAAAGAAAUUUUCAUUCUGAGUGAGAAACAAAGGGGCAUAGUGCAGAGGCUGAGAACAGACAUAGUAAAUAGACAGCCAAACCAGCCAGCUCCAGCACCCAAAAAGUCCCAGGCCAAGUCCCAGGAAUCUCCACCAGCUCAGAUAAUGCCCCGCCCAAUUCAGCCCCGCCCAAUCCAACCAGCCCCUCCCUUACAGCCUAUUGUUCUGAGACAGCCUGUUCAGCCUAUUCAGCCUAAGCCCUUGAUUGAAAAUAUUCCACCAAAUCAAAGUACAGGAACUCGGGUGAGUACAGACUCAACCCAACAGAAACCAGGCUCACCUCCUAUACGUGUACCGACUUAUCACAGACCAUCAAUUCUUCAGGGAAGCAAGUCUCCCAUCAGCAAAAGUCAUCAUAUGACGUCAUCAUUUGUGAGAAAACCAUCAGAUUCAGACAAUAAGGAGUUUACGAAACCAGCGGAGAAAAAACAGGUGUCCCAAGAGGAAAAAGAAAAAAUGUCAUUUAUUGCUGCAUUGGAUUUGGUGACACAAGAGACGCUAAAAGAAAUGCAAAACAGGAGAUAUGAGAGAAAGAGGCGGACCACUGCUAACCCUCUGUACAACUUUGAACCUGAGAGAAAAAGGCCUCAGAGCUUAAUGUUAACAUCCAUUUCAAAUCCAACCAAUGGGAAAAGGGGCAGAGGCCGCCCUCCAAAGUCACGGUCUCCAAACAGUGUUCCAGGAACUCCUGAAAGUAGUGAUGGUCAUAACACCAGUGGAAUAGCCAGGCCUAAUUGUGAUGUUCAUGAUGACUUUUGUGCAGUAUGUAACCAGUCUGGACAGCUCCUUUUGUGUGACACCUGUAGUAAAGUAUUCCACCUUCAGUGUUUGGAUCCACCCCUCAGUGAGAUCCCUGAUGGAAGAUGGAGCUGUCAGAAGUGUCAGGUGAGUGGAAGAGCUGGAUGGUCAUCAAAUGCUAUAGCUCGAGUGAAUAACUUCAUCACAAAUAAAUCAGCCAAAGAGGAAGAGAGAAGGAGGUUACAGAGAAGGAAUAAUGACUUGUUAAGUGAGAAGUCACAACUGGAAAACAAAAACAAACAAUUCAAUGACAACCUAGCGGUUCAAAUGCAGAGACGGGACACUCUUUUAGAAAAGAGUAAGCUACAUCAACAAAAAAUUGAAAGUCUGAAGAAUUUUAUCAAACUUCUACAGAACUCGUAACCUGAAUUCAUUGGUAGUUUAUUUGGUUCUUGGAACCAUGAAUUCAUGCUGCAGGUCUGCAUUUGGAGGCAUUUUUUCAUGUAUUACAGUCAUCUAGAUAGAACUGACAUUGCAAUCAGUAUUUUGUGGCAAGGCUGUGGAGAAUGGAGAAACUGCACUGAGGGUAUUUUUGAUAUAUUGUGUAUUUCGUAGAACAUUUUUUAAAUUGUUUUUUAUAUGGUGAAAUCAAUUUAAUGAAAUGGAACCAAAAAACUAAAUGCAGAAAAUUCAGUAGCAUAAUGUGAACAAGAAAGAAAAAAGACUAUGUAUGGAGAUUAUAUACAUAAACAGUUUAUUACUUUUACAAUUUUACACCUUUUUGUAUAUUCAUCAGAGAAAGUUCAUCAACAGUAACAAUCAUUGCAAUUGUGAAAUUUAAUAAAUAGGACAAAAAAUUAGAUAAGUUCUGUAAUGUUGCGUUGUCUGAGUAAAUAACCAAGUUAUAAUAGUAACUCUGUGUGGUGUACAUUUUUUUUGUGUUGUUUGUAUAGAACCCAACCAUUAUUGGCUGUCCUAUCUUACCAUUCAAUCAUGUUGUUGUUAUGACUGAUAUAUUUAUGAUUGCAGAAUACUAAGUGAAUAAGAACAUUGUAUGUGAUACAUUUAUACCCAUAUGUGCAAUUUGAUAUUGUGUUGCAUGUUAAUUUAUUUAAAAAAAGGUUAAUAAUGAUGAGGAAUGAAAAAUGUAAUAAAAAUGUACAGGAGUAAAAUUA